AUGUCAACUUCGUCUCAUAGUCGCCAUCCAACAUCGCUUGAAGGAGUAAUAGACUUUUUUGCACACACACAACGCCUAAGUGUUGAAAAACGAGAUGAAGCAACACAAAUUUUCCACGAUAUUAUCAAAGUUUGCGAACCUCUUCAGCAGGACAAUAAAACUGCCUUUAAGCCAGUCACACUCGUUCACCUUACUUUUGAGUAUUCACGCUCAGAAGCAUCGAGAGAUAAUUUCCUUCGUUUCUUCUUUCGGCACAUACAUAUUCCUAUCGAACUGUCGAAGUGGGAAAUCUCCCGCGCCCGUGAUUGUCACGCGCUCUUAAACUCGUUUGCAGACCUCUUGGUCGAGAAAUUCUUCCUGCCUUUGAAAGCUUCGACAAGAAAGACUCCUCAGCCUUCUCCUGCUGCACUGUCAGAACUCCAGAAUACAUCAUCACGUACGGGCACUACCCAGCGAGUGGCAAAGUUGAGAAGAGAAUGUCUGGUCCGUGAUCGGUAUCGGUGUGUGAUAUCACGUAUAUUCGACUACGUGGAAGCAAAAGCACGGGUUGACCGUGAUGGUAAAGAGGCAGCGCAGGACGACGACGGGAAGUUCUUGAAAGAUGAAAUGGGAAUAUUUGCACCACUGGAGGUCGCGCAUAUCAUCCCUCACUCGUUGAUGAGUAUCGGAACCGGAAUGCAAGAACUGGCUGAAUCGAAGCAAACCGCCCUCGCAAUAUUAAACAUGUUCGACGACGGUGUAGCACAUUUGAUUGAGAGUACUGACAUCGAUCGCUCACGCAAUGCUAUCACCUUGACCCAUGAUCUUCAUCAACUUUUCGGCAAUUUUGAAAUUUAUUUUGAGCCUUCAGGUGGUGAAGAGCAUACAUACCUGAUCGAUUCGACAACCUCGGAUAUUUUACGGCCACCAAUAUUUCCCGUCAAAAGGACGCUUUUUGUCACCAGCACUAGAACAAUUGAUCCCCCCUCUCCGCGAUUACUUGCUGUUCACAGCGCCAUUGCGCAUAUACUUCAUAUGAGUGCAGCUGGCCGUUACAUAGAUAGGAUUCUGGAGGACCUCGACGAACACGACAUAAGGGCCGACGGCUCUACUAGAUUAGGACAGCUCGUCGAUCUGAGAUUACACGGUUGGUGGAACGGCCAGGUUCGCGCAUAUUAG